CAAUUUUCCGCCCAAAACGGAGCAAAAAAGUGAUUUUGCGUCAAGGAACGUGAAGAAUACGACAAAAAGAACGCAAUAAUUGGAUGAAAAUGUGAUUAAAAUAUGUGGAAAUUGAUGAAUUCAAGGAUAAAGCAAAAUACCAACCAAGUGAAUUGCAUGAAAAAAUAUUGAAUAAAAAGAAAAAAUGAAAGAAAACGCAAGAAAAUCAACUAGAUUUAGUAAAAAAAUGAAUAAAAUAUUUGUGAUAUGUUCAUUCGUGCUGCAAAUAAGCAUCAGAUAUGUGGAUGCGCUCCCGGAUAUCAUUCGAAUAGGAGGUUUGUUUCAUCCCAAUGACGACCGACAGGAAAUUGCAUUCCGUUAUGCUGUGGAAAGCAUAAAUGCGAAUCGCACAAUUUUGCCACGCUCCAAAUUGUUCGCUCAAAUAGAGCGAAUCACGCCACAGGAUAGUUUCCAUGCAUCAAAACGAGUUUGCCAUCUCUUGCGGAGCGGAGUUGCUGCAAUAUUCGGGCCUCAGAGUUCCCAUACAGCGAGUCAUGUACAAAGCAUUUGCGACACAAUGGAGAUACCGCACAUAGAAACACGUUGGGAUUACCGAUUACGAAGAGAAAGUUGUUUAGUCAAUUUAUAUCCACAUCCAAGUACAUUAUCUCGGGCUUAUGUGGAUUUGGUACGUGCUUGGGGCUGGAAGUCAUUCACGAUAAUCUACGAGACAAACGACGGUCUCAUUCGACUGCAGGAAUUGCUGAAAGCGCACGGGCCUUCGGAGUUUCCCAUCAACGUGCGACAGUUGCCCGAUGACGGAGAUUACAGACCACUUUUGAAACAAAUUAAAAAUUCAGCUGAAUCCCACAUUGUGCUCGACUGUACGACGGCAAAAGUGUAUCAAGUACUGAAACAGGCGCAACAAAUUGGAAUGAUGAGUGAUUACCACAGCUAUUUGAUAACAUCAUUGGACUUGCACACAAUUGAUUUAGAGGAAUUCAAAUAUGGAGGUACUAAUGUGACCGCAUUUAGAUUAAUUGAUCCUGAUAGCAGCAAUGUGCAACAAACUAUUCGUGCAUGGGAGUUGGGCGAACAAAAAUUGGGACGAAAAUUGGAUUUUCGCAACAAGGAUAACGUCACAGUGAUUAAGGCGGAGACAGCUUUAAUAUACGACGCCGUGCAUCUCUUUGCGAAGGCACUUCACGAUCUGGAUGCCAGUCAACAAAUGGAUAUUCAUCCGUUGUCCUGCGACGCACAAGAUACCUGGCCCCACGGAUACAGCUUAAUCAAUUAUAUGAAAAUUGUCGAAAUCCAGGGAUUAACAAACAUCAUCAAAUUUGAUCAUCAGGGAUUUCGAACGGAUUUCGUCCUUGACAUCAUCGAGCUAAGUACUGCGGGAUUGCGAAAAGUUGGCGAAUGGAAUUCAACGCGUGGCGUCAACUUUACACGGUCCUAUGGGGAUCAUCAGAAGGAAAUUGUCGAAUAUUUGGCAAACAAGACACUAAUUGUAACGACAAUUUUGAGUUCCCCUUAUUGCAUGCGUCGUGAGUCUCCAGAAAACUUGUAUGGCAACACGCAAUUCGAAGGUUACGCUAUUGAUCUUAUCUAUGAGAUAUCGAAAAUCCUUGGUUUCAAUUACACAAUAAGAUUGGCACCCGACAACCGCUAUGGAGGCUACAAUAAAGCAACAGGCGAAUGGGACGGCAUGAUAAAGGAAUUGUUGGAACAACGAGCGGACUUGGCAAUUGCUGAUUUGACAAUUACUUUCGAUCGGGAGCAGGUUGUUGAUUUUACGAUGCCGUUUAUGAAUUUGGGCAUUUCAGUGUUGUACCGCAAACCUGUGAAACAACCGCCAAAUUUAUUUUCAUUUUUAUCGCCGUUAUCACUUGACGUCUGGAUAUAUAUGGCUACCGCAUAUUUGGGUGUUUCCGUGCUUUUGUUCAUUUUGGCAAGGUUUACGCCGUACGAAUGGCCUACACCAACUACAUGUGACCCAAAUCCGGGCACACAAUUUACGCUAAUGAAUUGUCUUUGGUUCGCAAUUGGAAGCUUAAUGCAACAGGGUUGCGACUUUUUGCCAAAAGCUGUCAGUACACGACUCGUUGCCGGUAUGUGGUGGUUUUUCACGCUCAUCAUGAUAAGUUCAUACACUGCCAAUUUAGCUGCUUUUUUGACAGUCGAACGAAUGGAUUCGCCGAUCGAGAGUGCCGAGGACUUGGCGAAACAGACAAAGAUCAAGUAUGGAGCAUUACGAGGCGGGAGUACAGCAGCUUUUUUCAGAGAUUCCAAUUUUUCAACAUACCAAAAAAUGUGGUCUUUCAUGGAAUCGACAAAGCCAACGGUUUUUACAGGGAGCAAUUUGGAAGGCGUCGAACGCGUCGUGAAAGAAAAAGGGAGUUAUGCAUUUUUAAUGGAAUCCACAAGUAUUGAAUACGUAAUUGAACGAAAUUGUGAAUUAACGCAAGUAGGAGGAAUGCUCGACUCAAAGGGAUACGGAAUCGCCAUGCCGCCAAACUCUCCUUAUCGUACUGCAAUUAGCGGGGCAGUGUUAAAAUUACAAGAAGAAGGUAAAUUGCAUUUGCUGAAGCAAAAAUGGUGGAAGGAGAAACGAGGCGGCGGAUCAUGUCGGGAUGAAACAACAAAAUCGAGUUCAACUGCUAAUGAACUUGGACUGGCUAACGUUGGCGGAGUCUUUGUCGUGUUAAUGGGCGGCAUGGGAGUCGCUUGUGUGAUAGCAGUUUGCGAGUUCGUUUGGAAAUCCCGAAAAGUCGCUGUCGAGGAACGGGUAAGCACAACAACAACAACUGUUUUGCCCGAUAUUUACAUGUAAA